UUGUAUGUAUCGUUUUAAGAGGUUUUUAGAUUUAAGUAAUUCGUGCCUGUUAUAGGAACUUGUUGAAGGUAACAGAUUGAGGAAAAAUUAUAACAUAUCCACUAUUUAUUCAGCAUCUUACGUAAAUCAACAUGUCUAAAGUGCUAAUGAUUCGACAUUUACCAGCUGCACUAUCGUUUCAAGAUAAAGAACAGCUCCUGAGACAUUUUGGAGCUGACAAAGUGUGGGAGACGAGAUCCAAACGUAAUUACAUAUUUGCGUCAUUUAGUAGUAUAGAGAAAGCAAAAGCAUCACUAAACCGUCUUCACCAGCUCGAAAUAGCUCACAGGCGUCUUGUAGUGGAGUACUCAACAGAGAAGGCACCAGUUACUGAUGACAAGCCUGAGACAGAACAAAAUUCAGACACCACAAAAGUAAUAAAGCAGUUCCUCAAAGUUUUGAAUGCAUGGAAUCCAUCUAUAGACUUCUAUCAGCCUCCACCCAUACAUUUAAGCUACAAAUACCCAGAUAUCAAUCCUGCCAUAGCUAUAAAUAUAAUUCAUGCACUAUUUACUCACAAACCAUUUUACACACAGACCUUGCAUUUGAUGAACAAAAUGUGUCUAGAUGUGCCAUUCCAAGAUAAUGACAAAUGUAUGGAAUUUUUCAAAGAAACAUAUCGGCACAUGUUUGUGGGUGAUAUACAGUUACCACCUCCAGCUGUGAGUGACCCCGAGUCAGAAAUAUCCAGCGCUGAGGAUGAGCACAAAGAACAGACUGUCAGAAAACUGGUCACAAGGAAAAGGAAAUUGCCUGUGCCUAAGCACAAUCCAUUGAAAUUACCCCCCACAGUGCCAGCAGCAAAAUCAAAGAAAACUGUAGUUAGUCAAGAGGAAGUAUUUGAAACUAUUGUACAAAUUCAGGAACCAAAGAAAAUACAGCUCAAUGUUCACCAAGAUGCCUUACAAAAGCCUACAGAAGAACCAGAAGUUAUAGGGGAACUUGGUAAGUUCCAGAAAGAGGAACAGCCAGCUGAAGAGGAAAAGAAGCCUGAGGAGCCAGAACAACCUAUUAUCAGCAAAAAGGAGUUAUUACGAAACAGGAUAUCAUACAAAGAUAUGAAGAUUUUACCAGUCUUCAAAAACUAUCACCCUGGGCAGCCAUCCAUGAGAUUGUAUAUAAAAAAUUUGGCUAAGACUGUGACUGAACAAGAUGUAACAAGUAUAUAUAAGCGUUAUGUCGAAGGAUUGACUGACGAAGAGCUCACUGGGUUUGAUGUGAGGGUCAUGCAGGAAGGCAGGAUGAAGGGACAAGCAUUUGUCACAUUCCCCUCAGUGAGGAUAGCAGAAACAGCUUUAAAUGAAACUAAUGGUUAUUUGCUGAAGGAAAAACCCAUGGUUGUACAGUUUGCUAGAGCUGCUAAUAAAAAAACUAUAGAAUAGACUUGUGUUUGAAACAUUCCU